AUGGAACCAAAAGAAGUUACCACUAUGAAAGCUGCUGUUAUUGUUUCAGCUGGAAAAUGGGAGAUUACUCAAAUACCAAUUCCACAAGUUGGAAAGGGACAGGUAAGAGUCAAAGUGAUGGCAUGUGGAGUGUGUCACUCUGACAUGAUGAUUUCCAGUGGUGCCGUUGGUAAUAUUUUCCCAAGGGUACCGGGUCAUGAGGUGGCUGGAAUUGUCGAUGCCCUUGGUGAGGGAGUCACAAGAUUCAAGAUUGGUGAUCGUGUAGGUGUUGGAUACUUUGGUGGAGGUCACUGUGGAGAAUGUGAAGAUUGUUUGGCUGACAGCUGGGUCACUUGCAAGAGUGCUGGUGGGUGUGGUUUGACAUUCAACGGUGGGUAUGCCGAAUACACAGUUGCACCACACGAUGCAUUGGCUCGUAUCCCAGACGCCAUUGAUUUCCUCCAAGCCGGUCCAUUCUGUUGUGCAGGUGUCACAGUAUUUAAAUCAAUCCGUGAUUCCGGUCUUAAAGGAGGUGAUUUGGUGGCAGUCCAUGGUGUUGGCGGUCUCGGUCAUUUGGGUAUCCAGUUUGCCAGAAAGCUUGGGUAUGAAGUCAUCGCCGUUUCAUCAGGUGACGAGAAAGAACAACUUGCCAAGGAACUAGGUGCACACCAUUACAUCAACUCUUCACAACCCGAUGUUGUCGGUCGUUUGAAAGCUAUUGGUAGUAUCAAGGCCAUUAUGUGCACUGCACCCGCCAAAGACUCAAUCGAGGAGCUCUCCAAGGCUCUUGGGUCAAAUGGCAAGCUUUUACUCUUGGCCGGUAUCCUUGAAAACAUCGCAGUCAGUCCACUCUUGCUCAUUAGCAACAAUCAAUCUGUAAUAGGAUCCUAUUCGGGUGAUAGUCGUGACACAGAGGCCACCCUCAAGUUUGCAGCCAACCAAAAUGUCAGAUCAAUGAUUCAAGUCUAUCCACUCGAGCAAGCUGAAGAAUGUUUAAAGAAUAUUUCCAAAGCUAGAUUCCGUGCUGUUUUAAAGAUUGGUGAUUUCUAA